AUGCCAGUCCCUCUCACGAAGGAAACCGAUGUUGAUGUGCUUAUCAUUGGGGCAGGCCCUGCAGGGCUCAUGUGUGGGAAUGCUCUCGCAAAGGCUGGAGUGAACGUGAGGAUCGUCGAUCAGAGACCAAAGCGCGUCGCGGCGGGGCAAGCAGACGGCAUACAACCCCGGACCAUUGAAGUAUUCCAAAGUUAUGGGCUGGCUGAGCGAUUGCUGCGUGAGGGGAACCAGAUGCACAUGGCUGCCUUCUAUAACCCGAGUCCGAAUGGCGGGAUCGAGCGAACAGGCCGAGCACCCGACGUGAACGCGUCCACAGCCCGAUAUCCCUUCGAGAUCACACUGCAUCAAGGAGCUAUUGAAGCGAUUUUCCUCGACUCUAUGCGCUCAAUGGACGUCGAAGUCGAACGCCCGAUUGUGCCGACAUCCCUCGAGCUGUCACAAGACGAGGCUGAGCUUAAGGAUCCCAAUGCCCAUCCCGUGAAGGUAGUGCUCAAAUAUUUAGAUCCCAUAGAAGCGGGGACAGAAACAGAGAUCGUCCAUGCAAAGUUUGUUGUCGGUGCAGAUGGCGCCCAUUCAUGGGUCCGCAAGACCCUUGGCAUUGCUAUGGAAGGCGAACAGACAGACUUCAUUUGGGGUGUGCUUGACUUCGUCCCUGAGACCGACUUCCCCGACAUCCGCAACCGCUGCGCCAUCCAUUCAAACAACGGCUCAUGCAUGAUCAUCCCUCGCGAAGGCGACACUGUUCGUCUGUAUAUCCAGCUCACCGGCACCGAUGCUGUCGACGCCGCCACCGGCCGUAUCGAUAAGUCUCGCUUGGGCCCAGAGAAGCUGCUCGAGGUUGCGAGAAAAUCGUUCCACCCAUACACGUUUGCAACGCCGAAGGAGGUCGAGUGGUGGACAAUCUAUCUCAUUGGACAGAGGGUUGCGUCGAAAUUUUCGGUCAGCAAUCGAGUAUUCAUUGCGGGUGACGCAUGUCAUACACACUCGCCAAAAGCUGGUCAAGGGAUGAACGCGAGUAUGAACGACACACAUAAUUUGGCGUGGAAACUCUCGCACGUACUCCGCGGAUGGGCAGACCUCUCGCUGCUCGACACGGCGAGUGGAUUUCUAUAUUGCAGAUACGAAUUCGAGCGGCGCAAAUACGCACAAGACCUGAUCAACUUUGACAAAAAGUUCUCUGCUCUCUUCUCUGGAAAACCGCGCACAGAAGAAAACCAAGAAGGUGUCUCGCACGAGGAGUUCAUCCAGGCUUUCCGGACCUUCGGGAUGUUCACGAGUGGAAUCGGAGUGCACUAUGGCCCUUCCAUGCUCACGAACGCGACCCACAAGAAGGUGGCGUCCAAUCUCAAUAUUGGACAGCGGAUGCCAUCGCAUAUAUUCGUGCGCCCGGCCGACGCCCGGCCGAUCGAGCUGCAGGACGUCCUCCCUGCGGAUACUCGGUUCAAGCUGGUCGUUUUCGCUGGGGCAGUCACUGAGCCAGCACAGAAGGCGCGAGUGGAGGCGCUCGCGGACACACUGGGCGCGAAGGGAGGACUCCUGAGCAAGGACGUGGUAGACAUCGUCACAGUGUGCUCGGGGACUGUAGAGAGUGUCGUGUUGGGGAGCUUGCCGGCGGUCUUCCGGCCACAUUUCACCAAGGUAUUCGUGGAUGAUAUGGACAUGCAUCGGCGGAGCGGCGGGGGCGGAUACGCAGCGUAUGGGAUCGACACGCAAGCGGGCGCGAUCGUCGUUGUGCGCCCGGAUGGCUUCGUUGGGAUGGUCGCGCCGUUUGAACACGUCGGGGAUGUGGAGAGCUACUUUUCUGCGUUCCGUUCAUAA